AUGUUUUUGAGCCAUCUCAGACACAAGCACUCUGCCUUCCGAUGGAAUGCUCCGAAUAUCAACGGAGCCACUUCCGCUCUCUCCACCGCCUAUUUAUUGGUGGCGAAUGAAGAUGAAUCAUCAUCGUCCCGUCUUGAAUUUGGAUUGACCGUAACCAUUUCUCAAUUUGCAUUGCGAGGAGGAACCAUUGCAUUUCUGGUCCUGUUUGGUAUUGUCGUAUUUGGCAUUGUACUAUUAAUCAUUGCGGUUGCUUUGGUUCAUUGUGUUUCCAAACGCAACGAAAAUCGAGAGGCAAAGGAGAAGGAACAGCAAGAGGAAGCUCAUAAUAAGAUUGAAAUGACUCCCAUACAUUAUCACAAGAUGACUGAUGAAGAGGAGGUCUAA